AUGCAUACCAGAUCCCGGGGGAGAGAUCCCUUGCGUAGCAAGGAUUACUCGCAACAGACCUCGGACGAACUCAGGCUAUUGGGUGGGAGCCAACGACCGGAUCCAAAUGGCGUACGAAUAGUUCCGGGGCAGUCACUCAACAAAAAGCGAAUCGCAGAUGCCGCUCCUUCGUUUAGGCCAAUGGAUACUAUAUCAAGGAAAUCUCGGGAUAGUGGACCGGUUCGCGUGCGGGGGAAAGAAAGGCAGUUUUUUGGUAGGCUUACACGUCCGAGCAAUACGGCAGAUUCCCCGGAAAGAGCACCAAAGCGGCGUCGGGUAGAAGACCCUUUGGACGACCGUGGCGCGCACCAGCGUCCCGCAGCAUCUUCCGUCGUUAUAGGACAUUCGACUCGUGUAUCCCCCAUACCCAGUCAGAUUUCGCCGCAAGCGAUGAGGCAAAAGGAUUUCAAGGCCGGCCAACCAUCGGAGUACCGGAGUGUUGAAAAUGGUAUCAAGGUUCCUCGGAUUAGUCCGCAAAAGAUGCCUAGACGACCUAGUUGUCAAUCUUCCGAAGACCGGGACCUCGGCUUCAUUCACGGUGCAGUACAGGAGAGACGAAGACAAUCCAUCGUAUCGAGUGUGAAUUCGGAACCGGCAGCGCGAGAUCAACUAGGCGCAUUAUCGGUUCCUAGCGUGGAAAUCUCUAAUAAAUCUACUACGGUUCCUACCAAGAAAACUGCUAAAGGCCCACCUGCGGGAGACUAUCGUGCUUUGGCAAAUGGAAAGAUGCGCGCGUCUCUUUCAAGGGAGAGUCCCGAUGAGUUACAAGGGGAGGCUACAGUUCGUCCUGUGCCAGCCUCUUUGGAAGAUUCUACGAAGAAUGCGCCUAGUGCACCCAGGACAUCGUCCCCCUCGAAUAUUCGACCGACUGUCUUUACCUCAUCGUCUCACGGAACCCUUACGAACCCUAAAUACAAAAAAGCAAAAGCCGCCAAAGGCAAGUCCGUGCGGCAAUCAUUUAAAGUCACGUUUUUCCGCGGUGGAGCUGCACACGAUCCACCAGAAAGCCAAACUGAUGAGCUUGUGGUGAAUUCUACAGAUGGCGAUAUCUGCAUCCGUCCAUCUGAAGCAGAUAUACGUCAUGAAAUCCAUAUUCCAUUGCAAAAAGUUCUCAAGAUCCUAACAGGGGACACCGCUAGCCGGAAGAUUCGGUUGGAGACGUCGAAAGGAUCAGAACAAGAGACUAAAUUCGAUAUUGAGCUAUCGUCAGUACGGGAGAAGGAGGAGUUCUGCUCUUUGGCUCGCGAACUUCACAUUAUUGAGGUGCAAGAAAAGCCUUGUGAGUGGAUGGACAAAGCCUUUAAAAGACGCCAGAGAGAAGGCAGACAGCAAGAAGGUGCAAUCGGAGUCAAACGCUCCUGGCGCGUGACCGCGAUCGAAGAAACCCCGGAAUUAAAACCCGAGGCAUCCAGGCGAGUAAAACUCUCAGACGCGCUGCAAAACAACGAGGGAAAUGCCGCUGGAGAAACCCCAGACACGACCCCUGGAAACCACAUCCUCCCCUCAGCUCCUACCGUGACACCCAGUGAGAAAUCGAAUUCUAGAACCACGUCCAGCCCUGUUACACAACGCAACGAAGCAGUGGAAAUACCCGUGAAAAAGUACAACCCAAUUCCACAAACCUCUGUGCGGGCAACGAGAUCGAUGGCGCGGCAGUUGCCAACUACGGUUCUCUACGACGAUGAUCCCGAUAGUGAGGACGAUGGCAUACCCCAGCUAGGCUUUGCUUUGGGGUCCCAGAAAUGGGCCAAACACCCACUCGUAUACCCUCGUUAUGGCAAGAAAAAGGCCGAAGUAGGCGCUUCGGAUCUCGAGCGACUGGGAGACCGCGAAUUUCUCAACGACAACCUCAUCGGAUUCUAUAUUCGUUUUCUAGAAGAUCAUCUCGAGCGAUGCAAUCCGGAAGCUGCAAAGCGGGUUUACUUUUUCAACUCGUACUUCUUCGCAACUCUGACAAACCUACCCCGAGGCAAGCGUGGCAUCAACUAUGCAGGCGUCCAAAAAUGGACCAGGAGCGUUGACUUGUUCAGCUACGAUUAUAUCGUGGUACCGAUCAACGAAAAUGCGCAUUGGUAUGUUGCGAUCAUCUGCAACUUGCCAUACCUGCCAGGCAUAUUGGAUGAUAACCCAGCUGGCGCCGCUACUCGCUCGACGAGUGAGGUCAAGGAGACCCCAGAGCCAUCAGGACCCACUGAGCCCGCUGAAGGGCCACAUAGUGACACAAAUGCAGAACCCGCCAAAGAGGAAACAACCAGGCAAUCGCUCGCUUCGAUGAGUCUCCUCGACAAGCCAGGAGCACAGGAAACCCCAAAACAUACCGAUACUGAAUGGCCUGAGCAGGAAGAAAAUCCAAAUCUUCCGCCCACAAAGUUCUUUGAGUCAUCUAGUCAAACCCAACCUGAAUCCGAUAAGCCUUCGGAAUCGAAGGGGUCGCCUAGAAAGGGGCGAAAGCCAAAGAAGAAGUAUGCCGGCAUAAGGUACCCCACCUCACAGCCAAUCAUUAUCACGUUUGACUCCCUGGACGUAGCGCGCUCGCCGACUAUCACUAUCCUUCGUGAAUAUCUCUUCGAAGAGGCCAAGUCCAAGAGAGGGGUUGAGAUUGAUAAGACCCUGGUCAAGGGCAUGACAGCACGGGGUAUUCCUCUGCAGCCUAAUUAUUCCGAUUGCGGCCUCUAUCUCUUAGCCUACGUCGAGAAAUUCGUGCAAGACCCGGAUCUCUUCAUCAGGAAGCUUCUCCAGAAGGAAAUGAGUUCUGAAAGCGACUGGCCUCCAUUACGCUCCGGUCUUCUCCGAUAUCGGUUGCGGAAAUUUCUGGAGGCGCUUUACAUCGAGCAAGAACAAUUAAGCCGUGAGAAAGCGGACGAGAAGGGUUGCAUGGUGGACCUGCAGCCCAUCUCCUAUCUUCUCGGGAUGAUGUCUUCGCAAGCGGCGGCCAAACCACAAUCCCAAUCCCAAUCUCAAGUCUCACCGGUACCAGAAUCGAACCUGUUAAGAUCCCCUUCCAGUGCCCGGCCUUGCGUACAAUCGCCUACAAGCCCCAGGGCUCGCAGCGCAAGUCACCCUAGUAGCUCUGCCCAUGCGAAAGCCGGAACCCCCGUGAUCAACAUCGACCAAGUAGCCAGUACAGGCACCGAGUCUACUAAGCCUCUGAAAGCCCCCUCGGCUCGUCAUGAGAUUAUCGAAGUGCCUGAUAGUCAAGACCAGGCCAAGCCCUCGAGACUGACACAAUCAGUGGAGACUCGUUCAACUGUGCUGGCGACAGAGCCGAAACAGAAAGGCGGGGACACCGGGUACGUCGAGGACAGUGACGGCGUGGAAGAGGUUACCGUCUCGAACCCCCAAAAUGCCAGCAAGGGCAAGAAAAUUGCAGUGCAUAUUCAAGUUCCUGGGACGCCACCCCAGUCGCCGAAAGCUGCAUGA